CUGUUGCCCAACUUACUUUAUAAGGUCGCUUUCGCUCCGGUUGUUUCCACCUCAGUACAAGUAAAGCAAGUGCGGAACCACCGUGAAACAUCCACAUACUAAACGAGAAAUAAUUCACAAGAGAGUCGAAGUCAUUUGGAAUGAGAACGGCAAGUGCAAUGGCGGUCUGCAAAGGUGGCGGCUGCUAACUUGACGGCAUCAGAUGGAACAUCCUGACAAUUUUCAAAGAAAGGUCGGAUCAAGUAUUCCCCGAAGACUAAACCUGUGUCGAAAAACACGAUGAAAAUGUUAACGGGUAAAUAUGACAAAGGGAUCACGUACUGCAGUUCCCGGCAAUCCCGUGUCCGCCAGCAAGCAAGGAUGUCCUUAUGCCAACUUCGCAAACUUUCUCAAGCAGGCAUGAUACCACCAGGAAUGACUGACCCCCCAGCAACAAGCUAACUACGUUUUGUUCGUAAAUUUAAUCUUUUGUGACGAUAGGUUUGUUGACAGAAACCCCUGUGACGGUAUAAGUGACCACACCCACACCACACUUGCAUAUUGCACUGUUUUCUCUUCUGAUUUUACACCACAUCAAAAUGUUUAUAUAUUUGUGUAACUACUCGCUUCACUGGCUCACAGUACUGUUGAUGGUAAUGUGAAAUCGUUUUGUGUCCAUAUAUUCGUUUGUCUCAUGACCAAAAUCUGGUUAUACAGCAUCGCCCGUUUGUUAAUAGAUAUCUGCCUUUCUCUUCUUGUUAAUAUUUCUGGAUUUCAAAGCUAUUUCUUGACCGAAUAUUUCGCAUGCUUUUUACUUUUUUAUAAAAUUUAAAAGAUGC